CCCGGAAGCGGGGUGGAGAGCGCGGUGAGGGGUGUGCCUCUGGUUCCAAUUCGCCACAGCUUUUUGUCACCCGCCUUAAAUUCGGUUUUCAAACCGGCUCUGACAGGAUCCUGAGAUCCCUACCCAUCCCCAUAUCUCAUCUCCAGCUGCCAAUCACUGCAGACUGCGAACCCAGGACCGGACAGAGUUUGCCGCCUGCCGCUCGGUCGCCCCCGGGACAGGUCAGGGUGCCGGCGAGGGUUUCGCGCGGCCUUGUGGCCUCUUCCUUCCCACCCGUCCUCCCGGCUCCUUCGUCGCUCCGACCAUGGCACAGAAGCCCAAGGUAGACCCCCACGUCGGGCGGCUAGGGUACCUGCAGGCGCUGGUCACUGAGUUCCAGGAGACCGAGAGCCAAGACGCCAAGGAGCAAGUCCUCGCCAACCUUGCCAACUUCGCCUAUGACCCGGGCAACUACCAGUAUCUGCGGCAGCUGCAAGUGCUAGACUUAUUCCUCGACUCGCUGUCAGAAGAGAAUGAAACGCUAGUCAAGUUUGCUAUUGGGGGCCUCUGUAACCUGUGCCCGGACAAGGCCAACAAGGAGCACAUCCUGCAGGCCGGAGGCAUCCCGCUCAUCACCAACUGCCUAUCCAGUCCUAACGAGGAGACGGUGCUAUCUGCUGUCACCACACUCAUGUACUUGAGUUCACCCGGCACCAACCCCCAUCCCGAGCUCACCUCCUUGCCUGUGGUCCAGUGCAUGCUGCGCUUUUCUCUCUCAGCCAACACAAGGCUCCGGAACCUGGCCCAGAUCUUCCUAGAAGACUUCUGCUCCCCAAGCCAGGUGGCUGAGGCCCGCAGCCAGCAGGCCCAUUCAGCCCUGGGUAUCCCACUGCCAAAGACUGAGGCCCCACAACAGCCCUGAUCCAAGGAGACCGCAAGACCCUGUCACUUUCUGUCUGAGAUUAGUUCUGUCAUAGGCAUAGAAAGCACCUUGAGCCCAUCCUGGCCAAGGGAUGCCUGGUCAGCUGUAUGCAAGGUACAGUCUCUGAGUAUGGCAGGUAUUUAUGGCUAGGAGAAGCCGUAGGA